AGAAAUUAAAGCCGAUGACGUCCAUAACACUUUGAAAAAACUUAAAGAUACCACCAAUGACUGUAAGGAACUUCAUAGGAAAUGGGAAAAGGACAAGCACUUUGAGAAAGUCAACUCUGAUUAUUUAGGCCAGGCCAAUAAAUUACUUUGUGUUGUGGAUGAAUAUAGACAGCAAUUAGAUCUGCCUUGGCCGAAAACGAAAUCGACCGAGAUAGAGGAGUUGAAGACACGUGUUAACAAACUAGCCCGGGAAAGAGACGAUGCAGAGUAUCGCCUUGAUGAAGCUAAAUUAGAAAUCGACAGACUAAAGAAUCGUCCUAGAGAAAAGCUCUCCUCAGGUGGAAAAAUUAAACAAGCAGAAAAUAUGCCCAAACGUCGAGUGGAACAUGACUUUGACAUCGAGAAAGAACCAGAUGACUCAAAACGAGCAAGAAAAGAGUGCAGUAUUGACCGCAGAGGUCCCUCCCGUACUCCUAUUCACCGUCACGAGAGUGCUAGCUCUCAGGGUGCAUGGAGAGAAACAGAGAUCAUUGAAACUCUUCAAAAGGAAAUAGAAGAGUUAAAGAAGAGUAUGAAAAUACUUCAGGAAGACAAUAAGUCAUUGUCAGAUGGACGAGCUAAUGCUACGAAGGCAUUAAAUGUAGCAAGAGAUGAAGCUGCGAGGUACAAGAAGCAGAUGGAGGCAAGCGAUGGCACAGUGGCAAGGAAUCAACAGGAGUUCGAACAGUUGAAAAUUCAAUUCAAAGAUCUACAUGAUUCUAAGAAAAAUGACCUGCAACGGAAAGAUGAACUGGACCGCAUUCUGCAACAAAGCAAAGCAAAUGAAAGAAACCUUCAAAAUGCCCUGUCCGCAGAACGACAAGCCAAAGAUGAGGCACUGAUCAGUUUGCGCCAUGGCCAGUCAAAAGAGGAAAAUCUUCGUGACACAAUUGACAGACUACAGAAAAACCUAUCAUCAGAGAGGGAGGCAAAGGAUGAAGCAUUGAUAAGGCUCAGUGCAGUAGCUGGUAACAAACUUCGUGACAAUAACCCAGACAUAACUGAUCUUAGUGACCCAAACCGACCAAUGAAGCUAGCCGAGAAAGUAUCCGAGCUCUAUGAUAAUGAGUGGACAAAUGCCAUGGAGAACUUGGAGAAUGAUAUGGAGGAAAAAGACGCCAUUGAAGUUCUCCUAGAUAUUGUCACAAAUGUAUUUAAAACUUGCGAGGAAAUUGGUGAUGCUCAGACAGACUAUAUAUCUAAUCUGGAACUGCCCCUCGCUGUACCGGACAUUGAUGACCUUCGAGAUGUUGCCAAGUCAUCUCUUCUGAACAAAGGGAAGCUAGCUAAGUUACCAACAGAAAUCACCAAACCACUGAAGGACUACCGCAAAACAAGUAGCCUGACCGUUAGCCCUCUGCUGUUUGAGGUAAUGAAAUCGAGAUUACAGACACAAUACCACUUGAACGACAAAACGAUCAAGGCAUGUGAGCAGUUCAUCAAAGAGACAGUGCUGUACGUCUGGAUGAUGCGGGUACAGGACCCACCCGUCCAUAUCGAGUGGGAAUUUUCACACGGUGAGAAAUUUGACCAUGAUCGUCUGAGAUCCUACACAAAAGGUGGAGACAGCGUCGACUAUGUUGUCUGGCCUAUUCUCUACCUACACAAAGGUGGGCCCAUGUUAGCUAAAGGAGUGGCACAGGGCAUGAAAACUAAAUCAAAAUAAACUGCAGACAAGAAUAGCUUUAUCUCUAAUGUGGUUCACUAAUUUUGAAGGAAUCCUGAUUUUAAUAUCUUUGGUUAUUAAAAUCUAAAUUGACCAAACUCGAAUCCAACAAGAUCCUUGUCCUUGUUAUGAAAAAAGUAAUGGUUAUUUAAGUAUUUACUAUUGAUUAUGCUGGAAAUUCAAAGUAUUCAAACUACAUCGGGAAAAGACUAUGAAACACUGACACCUCAACAUCAAAACGAAUUUCACUUUUAUUUAAAAAAAACCUGGAUAACAUGUACAUUAAAUCGUUUUUUAUUGUCUGGGAUAAGGGGCGUCACCUUUGACCUGGCCGAAAUUACCAUGACCCGAGAUCGAGAACAAACACUCAAAACGAAUGUAGUUUUAGGCAUUUCCACCGAAAUUGAGAAUAAACCACAGUGAAGGAUAAGAUGGAUCUACGAAUAAGCUUGCCUACAAUGUAUUUGAGAUUGAUUGGUUUGAUGUAUACACAAUCAUACGUUUUUUCUUUUGCUAGCCUGUUAAUUUUACAAUUCUAGUUCUUAAUUGGUAACGCAUAUACCUAUGCUGGUUGUGGUUUACGAUAAAUACCAUUAUCCACAGAUUGUGUAAUUACUUUUAAUUAAAAGUGCAAUGACCAUUUUCAUUAAGAAAUUAUCAUAAUGUCAUAAAUGCUUUAAAAUUCCAAUGCUAAAAUAAUAACUUUGAAUUCAUUGAAUGUUGUGUUUUACAUACGGUAUGCAUUUGAUGCAAUGGACACUGCAAUUGCUGAAAUGGUUGUGCUUUUACAUUGAAGUUAUAUCUGCUACAUGUUGUGUAAGUAAUCAAUACGGUUCUCGUAUCAACACCUAACAUAUGUUGCCCACUUGAUAAGAGGUAAAAUUUGCAUAACAAAUGAAGGUAUUUUAUUUUUCGAAGAUGUCGAAUCAUACAUGUACCCUAGUAAUUAAAUGUAUUUUCUAUACGUUGACCGUUAUGUUUACAAUAAGUAAAGUGUAUAUGUAUAUACAUAAGUUUAUAUAUGUGUGUGUGCGCGCGUGUGCUAUAUUUAUACUAUACAUCUCUGGCAUUGCAAUGAUCCUCUAUCACUUAUUUACCUGAAACGUUUUCUAUAUUGAUGUUCACGAGGUCGCAAGACUAUACUGUUACUUUUCCGGCGGCAUCGGUGGCGUCGUCAACAUUUAACUUUUAAGUUUUGCAUUUAGAACCGUUGCAUCAAAAGGAUAAGCCCAACUUUUAUCAAACCUGGUUUUAUAGUUAAAUUACAUGUGAACAUCUAGACACACUUUUUUCACUUCGAAAUAUUAUACGGAAUCUAUAGUCCAGUGACUGGAAAUUAGGAAUGUGGAUAAUCUGGACUUCAAUAUUUGUGCCAGGUGUCUCAACAAGUAUCAAAUAUGAUUCCAUUAUUCGACCCAUUAUACGAAGACACCUUCCGCAUAUACAACUGUAGCCAUGGAUAAUAGGACUAUUUAUCCAAGUUUACGAGAAUAUGCAAGUUCUCUUACGUGUACUCUGAGUAAUUAAUAUUAAAAAUACCUCAACUGGUUCAUCGCCAAAUCCUCAUAUCAGGAUCAUUUUCGGUCGUAUUAAAUGUCUGUAUCUGUAUAUUCCUUCUGAUAACACAUUUCAAUUAAUGCCUUUUGUCGUGGAUUAUGUUUUCGGUUUCAAUGAUGUGCUUAUUAACGUGUAAUGUUACCUCAUCCGUAAUGCAUCAAAUGCUCAAAUUAUUUUACUGUAAAAUCACAAAGUGAAAUUAAAAUAAGAUCACAAUAAAUUGUUUGCUGGACAUGUCAUUUGAUGACACGAUUUAUCAAUCCAGAAGAGAUGACAUUACUCCGUGGUUAAAAGUAAAGUCUAAAUUACUUUGCAAUUAUCUACAUGUACUUUAUACUUGUCAAAUUAGUGUUAGUGAACAUGCUGUAACAUGUAUUCCAGUGUUGUGUUUUUAAUUGAUCCUUUAAUUAUAUUACAUGCAAGUGUUCUCUUUUGUUUUAGAUACUUAUAUGCAAAUCUUAUUUAAAUAUGUUCUAUCAUACAUGUUUUAAUUUUGCUUACGUGGAUUGACAAGCUAUCUGUGUUGGGAUAUAUAUGUAUUUUAAUAAUUAAAUGAAAUAUUUGACGCAAGUCAGACUUUCAAAAUUCGAGAGGAGUGAACGUCUUAUUUUUUAAGUCAAAAUUUUCAAAAUGGUUAACAUUAAUCAUGUAAGCUAAAAACUAUAAUUACUAUCAAGAUGUAUCCUUCAUUUUAAAUGGAGCGAAGAGUGUAUAUAUUAGAGGAUCAUUUUUAUAUCAAUACUUAUAUAUACAUAUAUAUUGGUGUUUUUAAUGAUAUGCGUUAUGAUUAUAGAAGUGAAUGAUUUUUCUCAAUACCCCUCUCCUAUUAGAAGAUAUGAUUAUAUGGCUAGGGGUUUCUGCUUUGGUAGCAUAUUAAAGUAGGAUAAACAACACUGAUAUAAACGAGUUUGCGUCGUCAAGUUGGAGUGAAGUUCUGAUAAGGUGUCAGAAUUCAUUAAUAUAUGAUAUACAAAACAAAAAUGCGACUAAUUUGACUGGAUUCGGGAUAGCAAAUAUAAAAGGAAAAAGAAAUAAUUAAAAGUAACCAUAUUAAAUAUGUUUUCUGAUAAGAUCAAUUUGUCUAAUGAAGGGGACAGCGGGAUGCCAUUUUUUUCGGAGCUCUCGAUAAUAUUUAAUCAGAAUACUCUUCCUAUUUCAAAUGCUUACAUUAUAUAGUCAAUAAAAGUAGUAUGACUGCA